AGGUUAAGGGGCGGGCCAAGAGUGCGGGGCACGAAAGGUGUCCUUCGCCCACUUGCAGAAGCGGUGAGGGGCAGAGAAUCAGCGAUCUACCAGCCGCUCCCUGGGCCUCCAAGGGAAGGGAAUCUGCAUGGCCUGCUCCAGGCAAACUGAAAAAUAGGUGAAAUCUUCGGAAGCGGGAGUUCAGCCCUUUCUCGCCUGUAGCCCCUCCCUGCUUUCAAUCGCCAAGUCUCUCCCAGUCUAGCAAUUCCCUUUCUGUUUGAUGUCCGUGAACAUCACCCACAUCACCAUCCAGGCCUUGAGAGAGGAGUGUCUCUCCAGAGAGUGUAAUCGGCAGCAGCAGGUCAUCCCUGUGGUGAACAGCUUCUGUGCCGCCACAUUCCUCCACCUUGCACAUGUCUGGAGGACACAGCGGAAGACCGUCUUAGACUCCAGCUUUGUCCUCAAAGACUUGGAAGUAUUGGCUAAGAAGAGCCCACGGCGGCUGCUGAAGACCCUGGAGCUGUACUUGGCCAGGGUGUCAAAGGAACAGGCCUCCUUGUUGGGGGCACAGAAGUUCUGUGGGCCAGAAGCCCCUCCCUUCAAGGAUCUCACCUUCACAGGCAAGAGUGACCUGCAGCCUCACUCAUCCUAAGGCAUAUGGCUGAUCUGAACUCCGAGAUGGAUGGAGGUUUUUUUUUUUUUGCUUGUACAAACUAUUUAAUGCAUAUCUGCCCCAUUAAACAAGCAAGAUGUUUGAUGUAGCAGA